UUAAGACCAAGUGCAAGACAGACUUUGUUGCUUAGCUGCUGGUAGUCUUUAAUCAAAUGUAUUCUACGGCAAUCAAGCGCAAUGAUAUUAUUUUGUGCAAUACACCUUGCGCUAAUUCAUUGUUUUAGCUGUGCGCGCAGAGGACUUGCAAAAUACGAGACGGGAGAUAGUCGGAGAUUUAAAUUGGGACAGGCGAAUCCUCAUAGUGGGAGAACCAGUGUUCAGGGUUUCGAUUGUACGGCAACAUCAUGGGAUCAUCAGCCUCAAAGAAUAAAAUCACUGAUCAGGACAAGGCUAUUCUUGACCUUAAAGUCCAGAGGGACAAACUCAAGCAGUAUCAUAAAAAGCUACAAAUCGUUGCCGAUAAAGAAGUCGAGAUAGCGAAGCAAAGUUUAGCACAAGGAAACAAAAAGAAGGCCCUUGUAUCGCUUAAAAAGAAGAAAUAUCAAGAGCAACUGCUUGAGAAAACCGAUGCUCAGCUUAUGAACCUGGAAGAACUGACCAAUUCUAUAGAAUUCGCACUGGUUGAAAAGCAAGUCUUGGAUGGUCUGCAAAAAGGAAAUGAAGUAUUGAAGGAAAUUCACAAAGAAAUGUCAGUUGAAGCUGUGCAAAAGCUUAUGGAUGACACAGCAGAUGCAAUCGAGUAUCAAAAUGUAAGUCAUCACUUCUGUGAUAUAUCGCCCUGACUUGGGAUUCGUUGGUAACAAAAUGUACCUUGUCAAUAGGAAAUCGAUGAGAUCCUGAGCGGAAACCUCACAGCCGAGGAUGAGGAAGAUGUGCUUCGUGAACUG